AUGGCAGAAGAAGUAGUACCCACUCCAGCGCCGGCCAAGGCCCCGAAGAAGGCGGCAACCAAGCCGAAGGCGGCAGCCAGGCCCAAGAGGACCGGACCCAGCGUCCGCGACCUCAUCGUCAAGGCCGUGACCGCCUCCACCGAGCGCAACGGCAUGUCGCUGGCCGCCCUGAAGAAGGCUCUGCUGGCCGGCGGCUACGAUGUGCUGAAGAACAACAGCCGCGUGAAGGUCGCCGUCAAGGCGCUCGUCGACAACGAGGUCCUGGUUCAGACCACGGGAACCGGCGCCUCUGGCUCCUUCAAGCUGAACAAGACCGCCGCUAAGAAGCCCGCCGCUAAGAAGCCCGCCGCCAAAGCCAAGAAGAGCCCGGUGAAGAAACUUACCGCGGCCAAGAGGGCCGUCGCAGCCAAGAAGACCGCGGUCGCCAAAAAGUCACCGAAGAAGGCAAAGAAACCGGUGGCGGCGCCCAAGAAGUCAAUCAAGUCCCCGAAGAAGGCCGCCAAGAGCCCGAGGAAGCCGGUGAAGAAAACCCCGGUGAAGAAGGCUCCGGCCAAGAAGCCAGCGGCUAAGAAGGCACCUGCCAAGAAGCCUGCAGCGGGGGCGAGGAAGGCUCCGUCCCGGAGGAAGUGAGCGGACACAGACCCAAACCCAACAAAAGGCUCUUUUAAGAGCCACACACCCAGACCCGAGAGAGCCGGUUCCUACCGUCACACCGAGUUCACACAAUACUGCUACACGAUCCAUACCACAAUACUUUAUACUUCUACAUGAUAUAUAGCACAAUACUUUACAGUACCUGGACUAUGUCUUACAUUCUGAGCAGCACUUUGUACUUCAAGUUACAAGUACUCUAGUUAUACUGUUGUAACAUGUAUUAUUAGAUUAGAUUAGAUUAGAAAACUUUAUUUAUCCCAAAAUGGGCAAUUUCGUUCACAGUUUCCAGUCUCACAUAAUAGAUUACUUAAUAAAGCAAAGAUUAAAAUGACUACAUUAUUAUUAAUUAUAUACAAACUUUAGCUACAUUUACACUAUCCGAUAUUGUGUAAUGUACAUCAUUUACAGUAUUAUUCAUCUAAAUAUUAUCAGGACACGCAUGAUAAUGAGACACUGUUCUGAAUGUAAACAUGUUACUUUUAGAGGAGUAACUGUACAUGUUGCUACAGCACAUAUGUAAAAUAGUGUUUCUCUUAUGCUUGGGUCACGAUGAGACUUUAUUAAUCCUGCAGGGAAAUACUGGUAUAUGAGUAAUAUAUAUGAUGAGGAGCAGGGGAUAAAAUAUAUGAAUAUAAUAUUAUUUUGAUCCAUUUCACAGUGUUUCCAUUGUGAUUUUACUUUUAAACGCAAUAUUUGAGCGGAACAGAAGUUGAUCCAAAGUUUAUACACUUCGUAUCUUUAGGUUCAGACUGAAUUCAGUUUAAAAAAACUUUUAAAAUCGAAAUAUAUAAAACUUGAAGGUUAGAUUCAGAUCACAGACAGUGCAGCGCCCCCAUUGGCAAGAAGCUGUAAGUGCAUGAACAUUCACUACAGACAUUAUUAAAUAAACAUUUUCUAGUAAAUAA